AUGGAGUUUCAGCCCGAUCCCGAGUUGGAUACCAAGCAUGCCGGUUUUCGCGCCUAUGUAGCUGCCGGUACCUUGGACACUAUAUUCUACGACGCUACGCACCGACCUGCAACGAUAGCUGACAUCAGCCGCUUGACGAUGGGCUUGAAGAUGUUCAAUACCGCCAAAGUUUCGUUAUUAGCAACGAUACUAGGAACCCUACACUUACCCGAAUUGACAGUGACGGAAUACGAAAGAGAUCAAUUUUAUAAUCAAUUUCUCCCCCACAAAACUGCCGAAGGCCAAUCUGGCGAAGGAAUGGUAAUUGUUGAAACUGAGGAACUGCCAGAUGACGACUCUGAAGAAACUCAUCCUCACUCUGUUGCACAAGUUGCGGCAGCUGCGGCUCCGCAAAUGUGCACCUUCCUGGUAAAGUUCAUUGAGGAUGGUCGGAUCGAGUCUCAAACGCCAGAAACGCUCGAACGAGUCUAUUUCGAGGUUAAAGUUGGUUCAGAUGCCUUACAUGAUGCCGUGCUUCUCUAUGCCAAGGAGAACUUUGGGAGAGAGUACAGCUUUGCCAUCUCGCAAUACGGUCCACCUCCUGAUGAAGAUCUAGAGAAACACACACUUGAUAUCUUGUCUUGGAUGACACGGCAGGAGACAUCAUCUACGCCGGUCAGGUCUAUACGAGAGCCGGAUUUAGUCUACGGUUGA